AUGGCUAUUUCCACUUCGUGUUUUUAUGGAAAGAGAUAUAAACAACUUUCACAGGCUUUAGCUGACAUCGCGGAUGAUGAUGAGACAGAUGACGUCGAUAUCGUUAUGAUUCCUCUUGCUGGAUGCGUUGAAGUAUUCAAUAACAGCAUAAUCUUUGACAGCGAAGAUGAAAUACCGCUUGCCCAGCUACAAAGAAUGGGUGCUGAAAUACGUUCUGUAAGCCCUAUUUGGAACAACGAAGCAUGCAACUUGACAAUGGAUUUGACUACUAUAUAUAUAGAAAAUAAGAUGAAAAUAAAAAUGGAUUUGGAUGGUAGAAGUCCCGUUGAGGUAUUUGAGACACUGUUUGAUAAAGAUGUUGUACAACUGAUCAUAGAAAAAACUCAUUUGAAAGCUUCUCAAGAAAAUUCGCAUAAAUUUAUAUUCGACGAAGAUGAUCUAAAAGUCUUUUUAGGCAUUUUAUUUUACUCUGGUUACCAUUCAAUGCCAAGAGAAUCUAUGUACUGGCAAUUGGAUGAAGACACGUUAUCACCUCUU